GGCUGGCGUUCGAAGUUGUAGUUUGGAAGGCACGCGCUACGCAUCAACUCGUAUCCCGCCAAGAAUCCCCAACCGGACUCUCCCACAACCGAUUGUUUACCAAAAAUUCUCGCGCAUCCAUGGAUUCAGUGUGACCCCAGUGCUCAGUUACCCCCGAAAUAAUAAGUUCGUCGACUAGUGACAGUAUAUAAUUGUGAAAAUUUAUCCCUUGGACGUGAGACCGUGACGUGAAAAGAGAAUAAAAAUGAAAAAGUUAACGACUGUUGCCCUCCAACUAUUGAUGUAUUGGCUACUGGUGCAGCCGUCCAGUCAAGCGUCACUGCAAGCUGCCUCAGUAGCAUCAUCACUAGGAUCUAGAGGUCGUUCAGUGAAGAAUAAUGCAACCGAGGCAAACAUCUGUGAUCUGAACUACGAAGGAGCGCCAAUGUUUUGUCACUGCGAUACAAUUGACUUGUACCGUGCGACAGAGAGCAAAUGUGUCGUACUGGCAGCACUAAAUGUCGAUGAUCCUAUUUGGAAUAUCAUUGCCAAGUCUCAACCAAGACUGCAGAAUCUUGAGCUCGUUGUGCGCGCUGGUAGUGAUAUGAGUUACGUACCCACGAAGACACUCAGGGUACUCAAGAAUUUAACCCGCAUUGAACUUAAAGAUGCGACUAUUGAGGAGCUUGUUGAAAAGUCGUUCAGUGAUAUUCAGAGCCUCACUGAGAUACAUGCCAGGCGGUGCUCAAUUGUUCAUUUGAGGAAAUAUGCCUUUGGAAAUAUGACUAAGCUUGCAGCUAUUUUUCUGGAUGACAAUCGUAUUCACGAGAUUAAUAGAGACGUUUUUGUGAAUCUCCCAUCCUUGAGGAAGCUCACAAUAAACAACAACAACUUGACACUGAUUCACGACAAGGCACUAAAGCAUUUAACAACACUAGAAGUUCUCGAAUUGAGUGCAAACAAAAUAUCCGUAAUAACAAGUGAGACGUUUGCGGGCUUGAAGAAUCUUAAGCAUCUUGAUCUCAAGGGCAAUGCCAUAGAGAUGAUCGGUGAUAAGACAUUCGUGGAAGUUGCAGAGCUUCAAGUGCUUGAAUUAGAUCAGAAUAAGAUUGAAUUCAUGGCAAAUGGAGCACUCGAGGGGCUGAGGAAUCUCCGAAAAUUGAGUCUGAGUGAUAAUAAACUCGUUAGACUGGGGACGGACAUUUUAUCUGGAACGCCAUCGCUUAAUUUUCUCGAUCUCAGGAGCAAUGCACUCAAGACAAUAACUUUUGAGCAUAUUAACCCCAUGGUGCAAGAGUUGUAUAAUGCUACCGGACAUCUAUAUUUGGAUGAUAACAAGUUCAUCUGCGACUGCAGACUGGCGUGGAUGUUUGGGGUCAGAAACGAAACUUCUAACAAAGUUUUGAGAGACUCCCUGGGCUCACUCACUUGCUUCCUCGAGAGCCAGAACGGGAGUAUUGACGAGUACGAGGUCGAGAAUAAUGAGACGGGAAUCGAAGUCAAACAUGAUUCUGGUGAAUCGUACGAAGUUAGCAAGGCGAAGGACCCCUCGCCGAGUGAACAGGAAGAUGACUACGACGACGAGAAUAAUCCCAACACUGAAAUUGCGACUGGAAAGUUGCAGAAAAUUGAUGGAAAGCUGGGCUACAUCAAACACAUAUCGGACCUGAAAUUCGAGGACCUGCCGUGCCCAGAGAAGGAGCCAUUGGGAUCAGAGCAGUCAUCUAGUCGUCAGGAGAACGCCCCCAUGCAGACAGCAUCAGCCAGCAAAACACAAUUAAUCUUGUCCUCGUGUGCACAAUUCGCCGUGGCAAUCGUCACACUAGCUGUCGUUUGAAUAAUGAAUUUCACUCGUACAAGAAUGAAGAAAUUUAAUAGAAAAACCCGGCGUUUUCUAAAAGAAAUUCUCUUGAAUUUCUGUUUUAAUCGUAUUAAACAAUUCUAUUGGUUUUCUGCGCCAAUUCUGUUGGAUAUAUUUGGCAGAAAAAUGUCAGUAGAUUUUUAUUUCUCUGUAGAAAAAUCAAUUAAAAUUCCAUUGCUCACGGAAAUGAACGAAUUGGCGCACAAAAUAAAUAUAAUUUUCGAAUAGAAAUUCAAUGGGAUUUCUUUACAAAAAUGCUGGAACUGUCGGUUAAGUUUUUUCGUACGUGCGAGAACAGGAAAUAAGGAAGAAACAGUAUUUAUCCAUUGUUCCCCCACAAGAGUUGCCAAAACCUUAUUAUUUGUGUCAUGUACUAUUAAGUCUAAAGAGUAAUUACCGAGUAAGUUCACUUUGUAUCAAAUUUUCCUUUUCUACGCUCAUUUUUUUUCAUUUUAGAUAACUUGAAGUAAUCACAGAUGAUGACUAUGAUACUCAGUAGCACAAUGUUGCAUUUGUGCGACGACUUUUGUAACUUUAUUGAUAAAUAAUUUAUUAAUAAAUUAAUUAAUAAAUAAUUAUGUGGAA